AUGAAGGGAGAAAUCAAGAAUUGCCCAAAAUCCCUUGAAGAAAUGAUUAGUUUCUCAAAGUUUACCUUAGGCAAAAAAAAGUUACUUGCAAUGGCUUCACAACGCACAAAAAAAGGUGACUUCCAGAUAAGAACGAUCAAAAAAUUUGAUAGAAAGAAAGUAGUGGCCUGCGAUGAAGUUUAUCUUCCCUUUGCAGCCUAUUUCUGCCAUUCAAUCUCUUCAACUCAAAUCUAUGCUGUAGACUUGGUUGAACCCGAGACUCGACUCCCAGUUAGCACUGUGAUUGCGAUGUGUCAUAUGGAUACCUCAGGUUGGCCUGCAAAUCAUGUGGCUUUUAAGAUUCUGUAA